UGACUUAAUUAAAAGAGGCCAAUUUUCAAAACAUUGCCCCAACUAGUCCACGUUAACGGCGAUAAUAUCUACCCCUCACAAUCUCAACUCUCAAGUUUCAACUCAGCACCACCAAAUCCCUCUGAAGAAAAAUCAAUCACUCAUGGGGAUUGCUGGAAUUCUCUCUCCUGAUCAGCUCCACUGCUUCCAAUCUCAGGGGUUUCUAGUUCUUGAAUCAUUUGCGAGCCCUGAAGAAGUAGAUGCCAUGAGGAACAGAAUGGACCAAUUGCUCGAUGACUUUGAUUGCUUAUCCACCGCCUCCAUCUUCUCUACCAAAAACCAGCAACAAACAACUGAUAAUUACUUCUAUGAUAGCGUCGAGAAGGUUUCGUUUUUCUUCGAAGAGAAAGCAUUUGAUGAAGAUGGUAACUUAAAGCAACCAAAGCAACUCUCAAUUAACAAAGUUGGACAUGGUAUGUGGGGAAUACUAUUCUUCUUCUUCGUUCUUGGAUCGCUGCAUGAGAUUGAUCCAGUCUUCAAAAAAUUCUCUUGCUCGGAGAAACUAUCAAGCUUACUCUUAUCCUUAGAUUACAAGAGGCCGGUGAUCAUUCAGUCAAUGUACAUAUUUAAGCAACCAGGUAUUGGGGGUGAAGUAGUGCCGCAUCAGGAUAACUCAUUUCUUUAUACUGAACCAAAGACUUGCACCGGGUUAUGGCUUGCUUUGGAAGAUGCAACCAUAAUAAAUGGCUGCCUUUGGGCUAUUCCUGGAUCCCACAAAAAUGGCCUUGUUAGAAGAUUCAUUAGGGAUGAGGAUGGCGUUCACUUUGAUCAGCCUUCUCCAUCGUAUGACGAGAAAGAUUUUGUGUCCAUUGAAGUUAAAGCUGGCUCCUUGGUUGUCAUUCAUGGUGAUCUUAUUCAUCAAAGUUUUGAGAAUCAGUCUUCAAAUUCGAGGCAUGCCUACAGCUUGCACGUGAUUGAUACUGUUGGUUGCAAAUGGGCACCAGAAAAUUGGAUCAGAAGAAAAGUGGAUCCGGAGCCCCUCUAUGUUUCUUGAUCUAUAUUUGGAUGGUCUUUCAACCUUCAGUUACUUGGAAGUGCAAAAUCUAUUUAACAUAGUUGCAUGUCUUUAGGGCAUGUGUAUUAUAGAAUUUGUGUUUUGUACGAAAUAAAUUAAGAGAGCAUAGAUGGAAUGUUGGUUCAACAUCAUAAUGUUCUUUUGCUGUCUUCCUUUGUGACAUUGUUUAACUGCUGCUGUUGUUGUUUUAUGUGGUACUGUACAGUUGCUGGUAUGAAAUAACUUAAAAAAAAAUUGUGUGACUUUGUCUUCCCAAGUUUUGCAUUA